AUGUGGGGUUCAUUUUUUUCUGGUGGAAAAGAUCCAUUAAAAGAUCUUGGAUAUGAAAUACUUUCUGAUAAUCAACAAACAACAAAUAAUCCUCGUUCAAUUUGGACAAUAUUAAAUGGAAAGAAAAAAACAACAGGAGAUUUAGUAACAAUAUUUUCUUGUCAAAAUGAUGCUUAUAUUCAAUUAGCUAAAGGAGCAUUGAAACGUAUGAAAACCUUACGACAUCCAAAUAUUCUUAUCUAUCUCGAUAGUAUUGAAACAGAUAAAUCUGUUUAUGUUGUUACAGAAAAAGCAAUAACACUUGAAACAUAUUUAAAUGAUUUAAAAUCAAAUAUAAAUGAAACAAAUUUUAAUAAUGAACAUUUACUUGAAAUAGCUUGGGGUUUACAACAAUUAUGUCGUGUUUUAACAUUUCUUCAUGAUGAUUGUAAAUUAUCACAUGGAAAUAUAAAUACAAAUACAAUAUUUGUUGAUACUAAAUCAUGUGAUUGGAAAUUAGGAUGUUUAGAAUUUGUACAAUCUGUUAAUGAAGAUCAAAUUAAUCUUCCAUCGAAAUAUUUAUCUGCUUGUCAACGUUAUGAACCACCAUCAAAAAAAGGUGGAGAUAAUCAAAAAGCACGUGAUAUUUGGUUUGUUGGAACUUUAAUAUGGGAAAUAUUCAAUGGUAAUGGUGCUACAUCAGCUACGUCCUAUCGUCAGUUAGGUUCAAUACCACGUCCAUUAUCAGCUGCUUAUGGUGAAUUAAUAAAUCCAAAUCCAUCACUUCGUUCUUCAUUUGAUAAAUUACUUCAAUCUCCAUUUAUACAAAAUAAUUCUUUAGUUGAAUGUCUUCUCUUUCUUGAACAAAUACAAUUAAAAGAUCCUGGUGAAAAACAAACAUUUUUUACAUCAUUACCAGAUAAAGUAGAUCAAUUUCCUUCACAUAUUAAUGAACGUAAAGUCUUACCAUUAUUAUUCAAUGCAUAUGAAUUUGGUUCAUCAGGUUCAGCUGUUCUACCAACUUUAUUUAAAUUAGGCAAACGUCUUUCUGAUAAUGAUUAUAAAAAACGUAUUGUUCCUAUUAUAACUAAAUUAUUUGCUUCAACUGAUCGUAUGACACGUUUUCGUCUUUUACAACAAUUGGAUACAUAUGUUGAACAUUUAACACCAGCUGUUGUUAAUGAUGAUAUAUUUACAAAUAUUUGUACUGGUUUUACUGAUCAAGAACCAGCUAUUCGAGAAGCGACUGUUAAAGCAAUGUUAUAUUUAGCACCAAAAUUAAAUUAUAAAAAUUUAAAUAUCGAAUUAAUGAAACAUUUUUCACGUUUACAAACAAGUGAUGAUCAAGGUGUUAUACGAACUAAUACAAUCGUAUGUCUUGGAAAAAUAGCUGCACAUCUUAAUCCAAGUUUACGUGGUCGUCUUCUAAUAUCAGCAUUUGGUCGUGGUACACAAGAUCCAUUUGGACCAUCUCGACAAGCAUCUCUUUAUGCACUUAAUCAUUCAGAACGAUUUUUUACAUUAAAAGAUAUAGCAACAAAAAUUUUACCUAUUGUUUGUCAUGCUACAAUUGAUCCUGAACUUGAUGUUCGACAACAAGCAUUUAAAACAAUACAAGUAUUUAUUAAAAAAUUAGAAACAGUUUCAGAAAAACCAGAAUUAGCUAUUGAAAUGGAAAAAGAUGUUAAUUCAAGUAAUGUUGGUGGAACAGCAAAUGAAACAUCAUGGACAUCAUGGGCUUUAACAUCACUUUCGAGUAAUAUUGGUAAAUUAACAACAAAACCACAACAACCAUCAGUUAAUUUAACAUUAGCAAAAAGUGAUUCACAAACGGCUCUAGCAACUACUUCAACAACUACAACGCCAGCAAAAGUAGAGACAAGUAAUAAUGGGCAAUCAUCUGUUACGGUAAAAACAACAACGAAAUUGCAAACGAAAACAGCAACACAAGAAUCAGAUCGACAAUCAUCAGCAUUAGCUGCAUAUUUUAAUAAAACAAAUGACGAUGUUGAAGAAGAUAAAACACCAUGGGAUGAUAUAAAAUCAAAUGAUUGGGGUGAUACAUUAGAAACAGAAGAUAAUAAAUGGGAAGAUUUUUCUGCUACUGCUGCUGCUUCAUUAUCAUCCUCUCAACCACCAAAAACAGCAACAACAACAACAACAAAAACUUCUACUGUAUCAAAUCCAUCUUUAUGGGUACAAGAUAAACCAUCGACAACAAGUCAAAAAAAGAAUGAUUGGGAUAGUGAUGCUUUUUUUGAUGAUGUUCUUACAAUAUGUGGUGAUAUUCGUGUAACAUUAUUUGAAUUACGACGUGGUUUUGAUGCUCAUGCAUUAUCAUCUUGUGAAAUAAGUCUUGGUUCAGUUACAUAUGCUCCAAUGCAUUCCUUAAUAAAUGCAAGUACAACAACGACAAUACGUUUUCCAAAUCUUCGUGAAGUUUAUGGUUAUAUGUUAUUAGGUUAUUCAUCUAUGCGUUCAUUUUCAUCAAUGUUUCCACGUUUAUCAGUUAUACAUGGACGAGAUUUAUAUCAUGGAUAUUCAUUAAUUGUGAUGGAUAAUUUUUUAUUGGAAGAAUUAAGUUUAACAUCAUUAAUUAAUAUACGUCGAGGAAAUGUAAUUAUAGCUCGUAAUGCUCAAUUAUGUUAUGCUGAAUCAUUACGUUGGAAUGAUAUAUUAGAAACAAAAAAAUCUCAAGUUAUAUCACGACAAAAUCGUGAUAAUUGUGCUUUUUGUCCAACAUGUCCAUCAGCAUGUUGGUCACCAACACAAUGUCAACAAAGAUGUUCAACUAAUUGUCAAGGAAAUUGUUUAACAGAAACAAAAUGUUGUCCAAAUGAAUGUGUUGGAGGAUGUCAUUAUUAUAAUUCAACAUCAACAUCAAGUUUAAUUUGUAAUGCUUGUAGAAAUAUGAGAAUUCAUUCGACGGGAAUAUGUGUACAAAAAUGUCCAGAUAAUAUGUUAAAAGCUGGUGGUUCUUUAUGUGUAACACGUCAAGAAUGUACGUCAUUUUUUUUGGGUACUGGUUUUAUAUUAGAAGAAAUAAAUGAAUGUGUUUUAUCUUGUCCAUCUGGUUUUGUUCGUAUGUCAGGUUCACGAUGUAUUCGUUGUAUAUCAUCUCCAGACAAUAAUUAUUGUAAUGGUGCAUGUCGUGAAAAACAUCUUCGUUCAAUAGGAGAUUUUCAAUCAUUAAAAUAUUGUUCACGUGUACAUACAUUAAAUAUUUAUAAUAUAGAAACAGUUGAAUCAAAUGGCAAUAAUUUUUUAGACGUAUUUUCAGCAUUUAGUUCACUUAAACAAAUUGAUCAUGAAUUUACAAUACAUAAUGUUAAAUUAUUUUCAUCAUUAGGUAUUUUUUCUCAAUUACAACGUAUUGGUAUAACAUCAAAUGCUUCAAUGACAAUUGAAGAAAAUGAACUUUUAACGGAACUUUGGCCAUUAACACAACAAUUACCAAUUGUACAAGGAAGUUUAAAUAUUGUUCGUAAUGCUCGUUUAUGUUUAAAACAUAUUAUAAAUUUUAUUAAUCAUACAACUACAAUUGAACAAGAACUUCAAGUAACACGAGAUACAUAUAAUGAAUAUGCUAAUGGAUAUUUAGCAUCAUGUGAAUCAAAUUAUUUAAAUAUAACAAUUGAUAAAAUACGUUCAUUAACAGCACGAAUUAAUGUUGCUAUAUUAAAAGAUUUAUUUCUUCGUUCAAGUGGUACAGCUGAACAUUUACGUCGACCAUUUUUAUCAGUUUAUUAUAAAACAACACGAACAAAAAAUGAAACUCAUUUUGAUGCAACACAAUCUCGUAAAUGGUUAAGAGUAGUCGAAAAAGUUAAUUAUAAUCCAGCACCUCAUGGUGGUUCAUUUACAAUGAGUGCACAGUUAACAUCACUACUUGGUGAUGAAUGGUAUGCUGUUUAUGCAUCUAUAACAUCAAAUCUUAAUAGAAUUGGUUUAUUUUCUCCAAUUGCUUAUUUUCGUACGUUACCACGUCAACCGGAACCUAUACUUAAUUUACGUGGUAAAUCAUUAUCUCGUUCAACAAUUGAAUUAGUUUGGCAACCACCAUCAAAACCUAAUGGUCCAAUAAUUAAUUAUCUUGUUUAUUAUGCACCUAUGGAAGAUCGUUUACCAGUAAAUAAUUCGAAAUUACUUUGUUUAAUGAAAGAUCGCUGGCGAUCAGAAGAAGCUGUUCAACUAAAUCAUUUAAAUCUUACACAAUCAGCACGCUGUUCACGACCAAAAUCUAGUAUAUCUCAUUUAAUUACCAAUAAUGAUGAUGAAACAGAUGAUGAAAAUGAAGAAAAUACAAGUAUUGAUCAAGUUGUUACAGAUUUAUCUAUACUUGAAUAUCAACUUAUUAAUUCUGUAAGCCAACGAAAAGAUCCAUUAUUUAUUCGUCCAGAACUUAAAGAUACAAUCAUAAAUGACUUAGAUCAUUAUUUUGAAGAUAAAAGUAGUGCAUUUAAUGAUAAUUAUAAAUCAGAUUCACAAGAACAAACCGUUGUUGAACAUAAACCACAUAUUGAUCUUUAUAAUCAAACUGUAUCCGAUACAAGAGUUGUUAUUAAUGGUUUAAAAGAAGCACAAAUGUAUAUGUUUCAAGUCUAUGCAUGUCAUGAUAUAUCAAAACAAUCUUUAUCUGAAGCUUGUAGUCUUAAUGGAAUUAUAUUAGCUGUGAGAACAAAACCUGGUGAUCCAUCUCGUGAUUUAGUACGUAAUGUUCAAGUUGUUGCUUCAAUAGAAAAUUCUGAUCAAUUAACAACUAAUACAAAAUCACUUACUUAUCAAAUAUCAUGGUUAGAACCAUUAGAACCAAAUGGACUUAUUUAUUUUUAUAUUAUACAUAUUGGACAAAAUAGUAAUACUGGUCCAAAAGAAGAACGUUGUGUUGGAUAUGAUGUAUAUUCAAUUAAUGUAACACUUAUACCAAGAACAACAUAUCGUUUAAAAAUCAUUGCAUACACAAUAGCUAGAUUAAAUAAUGAAUAUGAAGAUAGUGAACAAAUUAAUGGUGAACAAAAUUCAUUUAAUUCAACGGAUUUAUUUUUUGAAGUUAUUUUUACAACAAAAGAUUUACCGAGUAAUGAAUUAACUCGACAAAAUCGUUUAUUAGUAAUUAUAUUAAUAAUUGGUUCAACUACACUUUUAUUAUUAUUUCUAAUUGGUGCAUUACUUUACUAUUAUAAAUAUGGUCGAAGUGAUCAAAAAGCUUCAAUUUCAAAAAAUCCAAAUUAUGAAUUGUAUACACCUGAUCGAUGGGAAAUUGAUAAAGAUUCUGUUACAUUAGAUAAACUUAUUGGUCAAGGUCAUUUUGGUCAAGUUUAUCAAGGUGUUUUAAAAUUACAAGAUGGAACAUUAAAACCAUGUGCAAUUAAAGUUCGAACAACACAUCCAACUGAUUUAUUACAAGAAGCAUCAAUAAUGAAACAAUUUCGAUGUUAUCAUGUUAUUCAAUUAUAUGGAAUAUGUUCACGUAUUCGACCACCUUAUGUUGUUAUGGAAUUAAUGGUAAAUGGAGAUUUAAAAAAUUAUCUUUAUCGACAUCGACAAAGUGAAGUUAAUCCAAAUGGUCCAACAUUAUCUGAAUCGGCAAUGAUUCAAUUAGCAUUAGAUGUUGCUGAUGGAAUGUAUUAUUUAUCAGAUCAAAAAUUUGUUCAUAGAGAUUUAGCUGCAAGAAAUUGUCUUGUUAAUGGAAAUCAUACAUGUAAAGUUGGAGAUUUUGGACUAACACGUGAUAUUUAUGAAACUGAUUAUUAUCGACGUGGUGGUCGAAGUUUUCUUCCUAUUCGUUGGAUGGCACCAGAAAGUUUAAGAGAUGGACGUUUUGAUACAAUAUCUGAUGUUUGGUCAUUUGGUGUUCUUCUAUGGGAGAUAGCAACAUUAGCUGAACAACCUUAUCAAGGUUAUGGUAAUGAAGAAGUUGUACAUUAUGUUCGAUAUGGAAAUAUAACACUUGAACGUCCACCUAAUUGUCCAGAAAUUUUACAUAAAUUAAUGCGUGCUUGUUGGACAUUUGCACCCGGUGAUCGUAUAUCUUUUCGAUCAAUAGUUGAUGACUUAGUUCCAUAUGAAAAUGAAGAUUUUCGUUUAAAUGCAUAUUAUCAUACGCAAUCAAGUCCAUGUCCAGAAACUGUUAUAUUGGAUAAUAAUAAUGAUAGUGAUGAAAAAGAUUUAUUAUUAGUUGAUGAUAAUGACAGUGAACAGCAUUAA